GCGUAAGGGCAUCUCUCGAUCUGGCCUGAGUACUGUUCUGGAUGAGCUGAAGAAGAAGGAUUUUCCAGAUGCAACAUCAAGACAGACGAUCAAGAGACGGCGGGAUGCAGACGUUGAUGUGCAGACCCGGUACGGCAAACUCCUACAAGACUGGAAGGUCACGCUGCUGCCGGUGGGGAAGACGAAGAAAAAGUCUGGCUCGGUGACCAAGCCCAAGGAGAUGAAGACUGUGGAGUUUCCUUUUGUGCAGCCAAUACCUUUGCUUUGCCACAUGUUCAUCCUGUGGGAGUUGCGGAAGCACGGCGAGCUUGAAGCCUUGAAAGCAGAGUGUGCCAGUUACUUCAGGCUGGUUGGCGAUGCGGGUGAUCAGUGUUUGGGCGAAGUGAAUUUCUUUGCAACUGCCAUGGGCAAGAACUUUUGCUGCGUUACGCAGUGGAACGCCUUGGGCAGCAACAAGUUCCAGAAGAGCGCCGAGAGUCUUGUGGCAGACCUGUCUCAGAUAAUGGAUGUCUGUAUUCACCGGGAUGGCGCCACCUCCACGCCGUCA